AUGGACGCCCAGUACCCCUUUGCUUCUCGUGACGAUAUUUGGCGGGUUUUCGACGAACUGAAGGAUCUUCACGUCGCGCAGUUUGAGCAGGCGGAGCGGAUUGCGAGGUUGGAGCGCCGGAGGGACGAGGAUGCGAGACUGCGGAGUGCUUGGGGACCAGUGUCGCCUUUUUUGACUCCUAUUGGGGGGCCUGUUGCCGUAGAGUCAGCGUACCACUCCCCAACCGACGCGUUCAAAGGAUUUGAUCAAGGGCAACACGGCGUUAUGAAUACUAUGGAUGCGGAAGAGGAACCGAGGCGAGGAACAUCCAGGGCAAACAGUGUUCGGUUUGAUGAAAGUGCGAUUCACGGGUACUAUGGUCAAGCCAGUCGGUCCACCAGUGAGCUUCCGCUGCGGACCGGAAGUGGAUUGGCAAGCUUACCGUUGUCGGAACGUUCCUUAUCACAUCGGUCUGAUGGAAGGUUGAGCUCGUCCGGCCAGUCCCAUCAUUCCGCGCGUACCAACAGUUUAGGUCUGGAGACGACCAGUCGGAUGAUGAGUUCGUCGGCCAGUGAUUCACCUCUCAUCCCUCCGCCAGGUCUCUUUCUGUUGGGCCCGGUACCAUGCAUUAUUCGCUGUUGGUUGACUACGAACUUUUCCAAUGAUUCUCUCCUUUAUGCCGCUGUAUGUUCAGGCUCCUACAUGUCGUCGUUGGGCUACCCAAUGGUACGGAAACUCGGUUUGGAGGGUUUGAUGACACAGGAGGAAGAUUCCCGUUUCAUUAAACUGCCGUUAUAUCUUCCGGAAGCGAGCGUGCAUCAGACGUCAUCUCGUUGCAGUAGUCCAGAACCGCAGCUGCCGGCAUUAACCAUUCGAUUCCUUGUGCGCAACGUUGAUCCAAACGACCAGUCUAUUCAGAUCGUGCUUGGAAGCGAUGUUCUUCGUUCACACAAUGCAGAUAUUCUCUUCUCACAAGACAAGAUUAUCAUCGUGGAUGAUGAGAGGAAUAAGGUCUCCAUACCUCUUGUACGGCCGGAAAACGACUCCGUCUUCAGAUCUCUUUCCACUGUGACUGAUGCCUCGCGUGUUGAACCUUUGACGCGUUUAAGACAAGAGAGCGAACCACAGACUAACGGACAUGCCCCUGCUGGUGUGAUUGGCCAGCCAACAGUCAGCACCAUGCACCGACAGUCAAUAUCCGUGCCUGCUUCCGCCAGAGACUCCGAGGGAGAGGAAGAGCGAAAGCUCCCUAGCCGCCCUUCGACAUCGCAUCAAGCCGGCGAUACUAGCUACCAGCAGGGACCAAUCAAGCCAGAAACACCCACUGAAUCUCAACCCAACACACCUACUGCACCUGGCGCUCACGUCUGGGGAUCCUGGAGACGUGAAAUUAAACCAGACUCGACCGCUUCUACGCCAGCGACAAAGCCAUCACGGGGUCGUACAAUGAAAGUCCUCCGUCCUACAAAAUCUUCGACGCGAAUGUCGACACAGGGCGGUACGGAUACCUCCGCAGAACAACAGAGUAAUAACAGCCAGAUUCAGUACCAGUCCGAGAAUAAUCGGUUGAAUAAGCAAUGGGGAUCGAAUCCUGUUGGAGGCGCAUCGGCGUUUGGGUGGUUGAAUCCGUCACAGCCGAGGUAG